CGCCCGGCGCCGCCGCCGCCGCCGCCGCCAUGUCGGCCGCGCUGGAUCUGAGAUCGAAGGAGGAGAAGGACGCGGAGCUGGACAAGCGCAUCGAGGCGCUGCGCAAGAAGAACGAGGCCCUCAUCAAACGUUAUCAGGAGAUUGAGGAGGAUCGGAAGAAAGCGGAGCAGGAGGGGAUCGCGGUGACGGCUCUGCGCCGGGCACGGCCCCCCGAUGCCGAACCUGAGAGGAGAUGGGUGGACAAGGAUCUCUCCGUCACUGUCCAGGUCAUGCUCUCCCCCGGGGAGAAGCGCGUGGUGAAGGACAAGAAGCCAUCCGGCACCCCUAAACCCGUCCGCGGCGCCGCUCCCCGCGGCUCGGGGCGCGCUGGCCUGCGUCCCUCCGGCCGUUCCCCCGGCCGGGGCCGGCGCUCGCGGGGUCGGGGAGUGGCUGGCCCGGUGAUGGGAGGCGACGCCGGCCCCGACCGAAAGUCCAAGGAGUGGGAAGAGCGACGGCGGCAGAACAUCGAGAAGAUGAACGAGGAGAUGGCGAAGAUCGCGGAGUACGAGAGGAACCAGCGGGACGGGCUUCAUGAAAAGAAUCCGGUGCGCAACUUCUUGGACGACCCGCGCCGCAGCGGCCCCUUCCAGGACGCCGAUCGCAAGGAGGGGAGCCGGCGGCACGUCCGAAACUGGGGGGGAGCCGAUUUCGACAAGGUCAAGGCCGGGAUGGAACGCGAGAAGACCUGGCAGGGCCCCGGACGUCGUUCCAGCCCGAAAACUGGGGGGCCACUGGACAUGACGCUCUCCAUGACGGGUCGGGAACGAGCCGAAUACGUCCGCUGGAAGAAGGAACGGGAACAGAUCGAUCAGGAACGCCUGGCGCGGCACCGCAAACCCACCGGGCAGUGGCGGCGGGAGUGGGAUGCCGAGAAAUCGGACAGCAUGUUCAAGGAGGGCUCUGCGGCGGCACCCGGCUCGGAAGUGAGCGGCGGGGAGGAAACCAAGCGCCCUCCUCCCAAACCUCCCACCUUCGGGGAAUUCCUCACCCCGCAUCGCACCCAGCGGAAGAGAAAGGGCCGGGGACGCGGCCAGGGCGCCGGGACCAAGCCCUACAGCAUGCACGAUAACCGGUGGGAGGAGAAGGAGCUGCCGGCAUCGAUCGAGGAAGCCGAGAACCAGAAGGCGGAGGAAGCGCCGAGCGGGGCCAUCCCGGAGCCCCCCCCUUCCCUGAGCCCUGAGGAAGAUGAGGACCAGUGGGAGGAUGUCAGCGAGGAGGAGGAGGAAGAAGAGGAGGAAGGCGGCAGCAGCCCAGGGUCGUCGAGCGAGGACGAAGCACCCCGCAGUGCGUCCCCCAAAGCCCAGCGUCCCCCCAGAGCCGGGCAGGCUGCGCCUCCCAAACUGCGCGUGCCCCCCACCGUGGCACCCGCCCCAGACGGGGGGGCUGGCACCCCCCCGAGCCCCUUCUCCCCCGUGGGAGGCCACCAGCCCGUCUCGGACUGGGGCGAGGAGAUGGACCUGGCCUCUCCCCGCAGCAGCCUGGGGGACAGUCCCCUUUCAGGUCCCACUGUCCCCAAGUCGAGAGGGGCUUCCGGAGAGACUCCAGGGCUGAGCCCCGUGGAGCUGGUUGGGCCCCCCCGGGGGGUGCAGAGCCCUGCGGAGCCCCCCCGAGGGGAAACAGCGAGGCCGAACCCGGAGCAAGAGGCUUCGGAGAAGCACGAGGAGGCAGCGGGGAAGCUGGCGGAGGACGGGACGCAAGGAGCCGCGGCGUUUCCCCGCCAGCCGGAUGCGGAGACGGCCCCCGGCACGGUGGAGAUCACGGACUUCCAGCGGACUGACUCUACCCGCGAAACAUCCCGGAGCUCUGCCUGCUCUUUAUUCCCGGCAUCUCCGGGUUUGGGAUCCGGUUCCUUGCAAAGCCCGGGAGCUUGUGUCGGGUGGCGGAGGCUGGCGGGUGCUGCGCUUGCCCGGGAGGCUGCGACGUCUGUAUGUCUGUCUGUCUGUCCUGGAUUAAACUCUUCCCUCCCCAAACAGCCCGAGGGACUGGUCUCUCCCUGCGGCCACGCCGGGAGGGAGGUUGUGGAGCCAGGAUAACGCUCUGGGUUUGGAGAGGGGGGGGCCAAAACACCGGCCCCCUGCUCCCCGCCGCUGCUUGGGGCAAAAUCAGUGGGGCUUACGCUGCCCCACGCGUCCCUCGCCCGGCAGUGGGGCUGGCAGGAGGGCGCAGGCAGGGACCGGACCCCCCCGUCCCCGAGCUCCUCCGUGGCUCUGGGGCCGGCAGCUGCCUUCACGCUG